UCUGAACACCUUUGCAGGGUGUGCAUUACCCGGGGUGUCUCUCCUAGAACCGUUAGUCUGGCUUGUGUCUGGCAUGCACUGCUGUCGUCAGCCGACGAUUAGGUUUAUCGCCUGAGUUGUUGGCCUCAUAAAGUGAGCAGUGCGGGGCUCAACUCACCAACUCGUCUAUCGACAGGUUCAGCUGGCGGCCAUUUGUCAGCAAAUUUAUUAUCAACUUGUGUCUGUAAGAACAAAAAAGUGCAUCACCCGAUCAAAGCUCCAAAAUUCGAAGCAUAACGAAAUGCCUGUAAAGGUGGCUGCAGUGCUGAGGACUAAUUUGCCCAGCAAGUCUAUUCCAAAGGACUUCCUCAACAGACUGUCUGAUGCGCUCGUGAAGCAGUUCCACGCAGACAUACAGGACGUGUCGGCGGAGAUGCAGGCGGACGUGCUGAUGGUUCGUGGAGGCUCGUGUGCUCCCAUGGCAACCAUGCAGCUCUACCACAACGACGACCGUGUGGACAACAACAGCAAGCACGACUACGCCAAAAACCUCGCCGUCUUCCUGUGCCAUCAGAUCAAAGUGCCGGUAGACAGGAUACUGGUUCUCUUCCAUGACACCCGGAAGUGCACUUAGAGCAACGCGAGUGCGCAGGUCACACCUGGACUUGAUGUGACAUCACAGAUGUGUAUUUGUUAUUUCGAGGACGGUCGUCUGUCAUCAACGCUACUCAUCAGUCACAGACAGAGGCAUUUAUUACGCUGAUGGCCUGUUGCCGCUAAUUGUUCCUGUUGUUUACGUGUCUACAAACCUGCCGAUUAGCUCUAGAAUAUUCAUUCCUGGACACCACAGAAACAAGUUGUUCGUCCUGUGCUUCCUGUCUCUGAGGUCGCACACACAGACAUACAUCGAACGCAUGAUGCUGGCCAGGCGUCCAACACGCGGAUGCUGCUUGACAGGAGCCUGAUGAAUGGUGUCAUUAACUGGGAUCCCGGAAAUUUUACGAUGAAAGCCUGCCUCCAUUAGUCUCUUCUUCAACGAGCCCCGAGUGUGUAACUAGUAGAGGGAGACUAAUCCACUUUACAUUGGCGUCUAUGUAGUUUGCUACUUCCCUUGGCAGGUUAUACAUCCCUCCCAACUAAUGAAUGGUAAUGCACCCUACUUCAAAAUUUAGAAAAAUUACUGAAUUAUUUCCCUUAGCCAGCAAGUCGCCUUUUUCCACUUUCUACUUGUCCUGAUAUACAUGCUAAGAGAGAGACUUCUCAAAAAGAAGAAAAAAGGCGACGGGCCACAGAAAUUAGAAAGUAGGAAAAACAAUCGCUUAAAAUGGAUGCAGAAAAUAGAUGGAAGAUGACAAGCGAGGGUUGGAAAUGAUGAAUUUUCAGGAACGCAUUUUCUGUUUUCUGUAGGACUAUUUUUCUGGCGGAAUAUUUCACACCGAAAAAUUGAUUUGAGUGAUCAACCAUGCGGAGAGGCGGGGUGGGCUGGGGGUAGAGAUGCCAGCGGAGAAUAUUUCCACACACAUUCAUACCGGAAAACAAGCUGAACAAAAACACUUUAAAAACUGAAUGUAAACAUCGUUUCAAAAUUUUUUUUUUUUUGUAUAUUUAAUAAUAAAUGAGUUAGCCAUCAUCAAGUACACAUGAAGUAGUAAAAUGAGCAAGACAACAGUUUUCAAAUGGUACAAGUGUAUGUCACUUACGAGCUUACUCACGUGUUGUGUUAGUAAGAAGAUUGAUAGCAAUAGCAAUACUGACAACCAACAUUAGUGGCUUUAGCUCAGUUUAAUAAAUGAUACUCGUCCCACACAGUCAGGUGGGAGGGAGACCAUCCUGUCUACAUGUGUAAAUGUCUCGUCUCCAAACGACACUUAAAUCACCUUAUUACGAUUGAUUGAAUCUCAUUGUUACGACUGUGAAGCGGAAUAUUGUAGCUACAUUUUAUUCACUUUCAACAAUAUUAAAAGAUCUUUUAUUUGUU